GCCACUAAAAACAGCGAAGUGUGUGCGCUUGCAGCAACAGGAGCAGUUAUCUCAUACGAAGUGACUGUACAAUAGAAACUCAAUGCAUGUUAAUUUGGUUGACUUGUGUAAUGCUCCAAUUAACAUAUACAGGGACAUCGCAAUAUAACCGCAACACAGUACGUGAGAUAUCAGCAAGUGAAAGUGUGCUACAUUAGAAACCUGAGGCUACUACAACGCGGCGAACACUACCACCUGUUGUCUAAAUUCAGCACUGACUCUCCAAAAUGACUUCAAGCAGCCUUGACAGUUCGGAGGGGUCCAAACUAUGGGGAGGAAGAUUCGCUGGAGACACCGACGCUAUAAUGGAAAAGUUCAACGCCUCAAUUGCUUAUGACCAACGGAUGUGGGACGCAGACAUCAAGGGCAGCAAGGCAUAUGUUUUGGCUCUACAGAAAGCUAACCUGGUGACCGAGGAUGAGAUGAAUCAGAUUCUCACUGGCCUGGAUCAAGUUCAUGCAGAAUGGUCAGGGGGAUCCUUUCAAAUCAAAUCUGGAGAUGAAGACAUCCAUACAGCCAAUGAGCGUCGGCUGAAGGAAUUGAUAGGCGACGCAGCUGGCAAGCUGCAUACAGGCAGAAGCAGAAAUGACCAGGUUGUGACAGACAUGAGGCUUUGGUUGCGGGAUGCCAUCGGCGUGGUGAAGGGACAUGCUGUGCAGCUCAUAACUGCCAUGGUGGAGCGGGCCUCCAGGGAUAUUGACAUCCUUUUCCCUGGCUACACACACAUGCAGAGGGCUCAGCCUAUCAGAUGGAGCCACUGGAUAAUGAGCCAUGUUGUAGCUCUAAGCCGAGAUGUGGAGAAACUGGAUGAAAUGCGGCGCCGGGUGAAUGUGCUGCCUCUUGGAAGUGGUGCCAUUGCAGGGAAUCCAUUCAACAUUGAUCGCCAACUCCUCUGCAAAGAACUGGCCUUUGAUUCCGUCAGUAUCAACAGCAUGGAUGCCACAGCAGAGAGGGACUUUGUUGCUGAGUUCCUCUUCUGGGCCUCGUUGAGUCUCACCCACCUGAGCAAGAUGGCGGAGGACCUCAUCAUCUACAGCACCAAAGAAUUCUCCUUCGUCACCCUGUCAGAUGCAUACAGUACUGGCAGCAGCUUGAUGCCUCAGAAGAAGAAUGCAGACAGCCUGGAGCUCAUCCGCAGCAAAGCAGGACGAGUCUUUGGGCGGUGUGCAGGUUUCCUGAUGACAUUAAAGGGCCUUCCCAGUACCUACAACAAAGAUCUGCAGGAGGAUAAGGAGGCCAUGUUUGACGUCUAUGACACAGUUGAGGCUGUUCUUCAGAUCGCCACUGGGGUCAUGGCCACACUGAAGGUGAACAGCGGCCAGAUGAAGGCAGCGCUCAGUCCUGACAUGCUGGCCACUGACCUCGCCUACUACCUGGUCAGAAAAGGGGUGCCCUUCAGACAGGCCCAUGGAUGCUCGGGGAAAGCUGUGGCCCUGGCUGAAGCCAAAAAUGUCCAGCUGAACGAGCUCACUCUGGAAGACCUGCAUACUGCCAGUCCUCUGUUUGAGAGUGACGUGUCGUCGGUGUGGGACUACAGCAGCAGUGUGGAGCAGUACAGUGCCAUGGGAGGCACGGCCAAGAGCAGCGUGCUGACCCAGAUCCAGCACAUGAGCACCUGGCUUGAGAAGCACAGGCAGUAAUGAUCACCUCUGGCAACACCGUAAUGCCAUCAUGAAUAUGUAACACUCCCUGCCAGUAUGCUGAAGACCUGGCUAGAGAGGUGCAAGCACUAACGACCCUCUGGCAGGUCAUUAUGAAUACGCACACUCUCUGCCAAAGCAUACUGACUGCUGUCUCAAGUUCCCACUCUUAACAUGGUCCAGAAAAAUAUCAACUGAAUGAACGAAAUACUGAUUUCCCUUGUAGUGCUUAAAGUUACACGGUCCAAUAUGAUAUACUGAUUGCCAUUUCAAAUACUUGCGGUUACAUGGUCCAGAAUGAUAUGAUAGUGAUUGCCAAUUCAAGUGCUUGCAGUUACAGUACAUGGGUUUACUGAACAAAAUAUGAGAAUUCAUUAGUUCUAAUAUGUUCACUAAUUCACCAUAGAGUAGACUACAAUGGGAACAAAAUUGUGUGACUCACAUCCUGUGUAGUGUUCUCAUAGGUAAUGCACUCAUAUCCAUUUUGGAUACAGCAAGUGACUUUUUUUAAUUUGCUGAGGUGAUAUCUCGUUUCUCCCUAUAUCUCCCUAGGGAGUUAUAAUACUGUUACAAAUUAUAGUAAGGCACUAUAAUCUAUUAAUCUUAAAUGAAUGUUCAUGUGCAAUAAUAAGCUGUUGCGUCCUAUGAAAGUACAUGCCUUCCAGAGUUGGACUGUUCACAAAUACUAUAGAUUUAUUGGGUUUAGGUUGUUUGAACUUGUGUUGAUAAUAUUCAACAAAAGGUCCAUUUAGGUCAAGCAGGUUGUUGUGUUGAAGCCAAUAAAUGAAGCAAAGCAUUGAGUUCA